UCGUGUAGUGAGUUGUUGACUGGGAGGGAAAGCUGGUCACUUUGUGUCCCCGAGAUGUUAAGGACGGAAGGAAGUGAGUGCUGGGGCACUUUAGUCAUGUUUGUAGUUGGUGUUUAGAUGCUAUAAGACCAGACUGUUCUUUUUGGUGUAGCUUUGAGCGCUCUGUGCAUACAAUAACCUGACCUAUAAUGUUGCCUUGGAAGAAGAACAAGUUUGACCUGAUCGAGGAAGACAAGCAGUCCAAGCACAAGGGCUACGCGGUGAGUCUGAACUACUCUGCGCUCACCACGCUGGCCAAGGCGUGUCCGGAGAGCGCACUGAACCGGGUCGGCAGCAUGUUCAAGUCCAAGAGGAAAAAGGUGAAGAUCACGAGCGAGGACCCCACGUACACGGUGCUGUAUUUGGGCAACGCGACCACCAUCCAGUCCAAGGGUGACGGGUGCACGGAUGUGGCCGUGAGCAAGAUCUGGAACAAGAGCGAGAUGGGAAAGAGUGGCACGAAGAUGCGGCUGACCGUGAGCUCACACGGCGUGCGCAUGGUGCACAUGGACGAGCAAGCGCGCAGACCUGGACACCUUUACUUGCUGCACCGGAUCACCUACUGCGUCGCUGAUCCACGCCUGCCCAGGAUCUUCGCCUGGAUCUACCGGCACGAGAUGAAGCACAAGGCGGUGAUGUUGCGCUGCCAUGCCGUGCUCGUGUCCCGGCCGGAGAAAGCCAAAGCCAUGGCGCUGCUCUUGUACCAGACUUCAGCCACGGCGCUGGCGGAGUUCAAGAGGCUCAAACGUCGCGACGACGCACGGCACCAGCAGCAGCAGCUGAUCGGCGAGCAGACCAUCCCACUCGUGCCGCUGCGCAAGCUGCUGAACGGCCAGUGCUGCUACAAGCCUCCGGUGGAGCGCAGCAGGAGCGCACCCAAACUCGGCUCCAUCACCGAGGACCUGCUCGGAGAGGAAGCCGAAGAAAAAGCCACGCAGUUUGAAUGCGAGGACGUGCUGGACACGGACGACGAGCGCGCAGGCAACGAGAAACCCGGCCUGUGCCAGCUCAUUAACGACUUAGGCGAGAUGGGCAUUGGGAACGACGUGCGGACUCUAAAAGCGGACCUCAGUGUGACCAGGCUGCUGUCUGGAGAAAGCACCAGCAGCGAGUCGUCUCUCGAGAACAGUCACGAACCUGCUGCGCUCGCGUCCCACAACGCCGACGAGCGCAAAACGCCAGAAGUGGGCUGAACUCCGGGCGCAAGUGCUGGGCGGCUGUUCGCUUGUGGCCGAUGUUCACCAUGUCGUCUCUUGUGCCACUGUUCCAAAAUCCGUUUCACUUGAAAGGGCGCUCAUGCGCUUCGAGGUCUGGACUGCAUGAUGAAUAAGCCAUGUUUCCAUCCAAGCGUUCUGAUCUUACUCUACAUGCAAGGUCUUUAUAUAUAUAUAUUUUUUUUUGAAAAAUGGGUUAUUUGCUAUAUUUUAUGCCAUACGUUUUAUAAUUCGGAUAAAACACUCCUCUUUCCACCCUAAAAAGUAUUUUAUUUAUUUUUUUAAAAAAUGUUUUCUUUCUGCAAGCAUUGCAAACCAUCUGACACAAAAUCAGAAGGGGGGAUUUUUUUUUCUCCUCCAAAUAAUAAAUGUAGAAUGAUGCCAUUCUAAAAUACAGCGAAUAAUAUAUAAAUGCCUUAUUCUUUACAUUUGCUGAAGAAUAAUAAUGCAGAUAUAAAAACCAUUAUAUUAAAGGAAAUCCUCAUUAUGAAAUCGUUUGAUAAAUCGUGCAGGUUUGCCCUGGUCUGAAGUUUGAAACCUUGCAGGUCGAUAUGGAAAGGACGUUGACUGAUGUGCAACAGUCAAAUGUGGAGUUUCAUUUUUAUCUAAAACAAAUGAAAUUUGUGGCUGCCUGAUGUGCACAUGCACGGACUCACUCACUGUCUAUAGUUGAGGUCAAGUGUUACAGAAGUGAUGUACAAGCAAGGAUGUGACAUGUUUUGUUCACUGAAACGGGGCUGAUAAACACUGAAUUCUGUCUGGGUUUUUUGAUUGUUCAGUUUUUGGGUUUAGUCAAAUUUGGAUGGAACCCUGGCUGGAGGGAGAACAAACCAAGGUGCAGUCAACCUCAGGCCAAACUGGGACAAGGAAUAAUGCGCAAUAACGAUGCUUUCUCUUUCCUAGCACACAGUUUUACAUUCAAGAUUGUUUACCCAAUUCAUUUCCCUAAAGGAAAUGUUUUUUUUUUUUUUUUUAUUAUUGAAGUUAAUUUCCAUGUUCAGGACAUUCCAUUUUCUGUUCCUUAAUUUUGCACUGUUGUGUAUCUACUUCAUGUUAAUGAUACUGUAUACAACAUUUUUGUUAACUUUUGAAUGUUCUUAUAAAAAAAAUCAAUGUUAUCUUUGCUGUGCAAAAGAGAAGCUAUCUAAUGUACUGAGAUGUAAAUAUUCAUGUGUAUUUUUUUAAAGAGGUUAA